UAAUAAAUAAUGAAUUGCAUGCAAAUAAAAUUUGUUAUUCAAAUUUUGAAGAAGCAAUUAAUCACUCUAAACAAAGAAUACAUAAAAUUGAUGAUACCAGAAAUAUCAUUGACACAGGACCUUCACUACCUUGCUCAUAUUCAUUUUACGAUCUAUUAAAUUCAGACAAUUUUGAUUUAGGAACGUACAAUCAAGAAUCAACUUCAGAUAGUAAUAUGGUUGUCGAAGAAUCUUCGGAUAAAAAUUUAUAA